GCGGAAGCGGAAGCGCAAGCGCGGGCGGGAGGCUGUGGCGGCGGGCGUUUGGGGGUGCCGCGGCGCUACGAUUUAUGUAGUUAAUAGAGCUGACCACUAAACUAGAAAGAAAAUGGCAUCUCUAGGAAAGGUUGACUAUGCCUCAUCGCCCAUCCGAGGACCUGGAGAUGGCAUGGAAACAGAACAGGCAACUGAAUCAGUAGAAGUAAUCACUGGAGCCCACACUACAAACCAUCACAUCCACCACAGCCCACAUAAACAGACAGUCUCUUCCCUGAGUCCUGGCGUUUUGCAGCUUGGGAAAAUACAUGCUGCUAAAUCAGUGGAGAUUGAAGCUGUUCGUAUAUUAGUCCCCAAAGCAGCUAUCACCCAUGUUGUUCCAACUAAAAAUGCUAAGGUAGCUAGAUCAGUGGGACAUAAAGGAGACACAUUCCAUCAGUCAGAUGGAGCUGCAGAUCCCAAAGAACUGCUAGAACUUAAAAACGCAGUAGAAAAGCUAAAGAAUUCAGAAAAGAGGUUGUUACAGGAUAAAGAAGGCCUCUCUAAUCAGCUGCGUGUACAGACAGAGGUAAAUCGGGAGCUGAAGAAAUUACUUGUUGCUUCUGUUGGGGAUGAUCUGCAGUACCACUUUGAACGGAUGGCUCGUGAGAAAAAUCAGCUGAUCUUAGAAAAUGAGGUUCUAGGCCGGAAUAUGUCUCAACUAUCUGAACAAUUAGAGCGGAUGUCUAUACAGUGUGAUGUGUGGCGAAGCAAAUUCUUAGCAAGCAGGGUUAUGGCUGAUGAGCUAACCAAUACCAGAGCAAUUCUGCAGCGUCAAACCAGGGAUGCUCAUAGUGCAAUCCAGGACUUGUUGAAUGAACGUGAUCAGUUCCGUCAAGAAAUGAUUGAUACACAGAAACUGCUGGAGGAGCUGAUGGUUUCUCUUCAGUGGGGGAGACAGCAGACAUACUAUCCUAGUGCACAACCUCACACUACAACAGAGCUAGCAGCUGUGAAUUGCAAGCUAGCCAAAGCUGUAAGCUCACAUCUUCUUGGAAAUGUUGGCACUAAUAGUCCAAAAAAGACUUCAGUGGCUGUGGAGUUUUGCAGUAGCCCUGCUGAGAAAAUGGCUGAAAUGGUGCUACAUGUACUGGAUCCAGUUGCAUGUACAGAAACAUCAACAUCUUUUUCUGAGACAUCUCCUUCUUCCUUUCUUUCCACAAAGAAGAGUAUUGGAAGGUUUCAUCCAUACACAAGAUACGAAGAUGUAACUUUCAACUGCUGCAACCACUGCCAAGGAGAGCUGAUAGCCCUUUAAAAACACAGCCAAGGCAGCUGCACAUGCAUUCUUUCUGAAGAAUUACACUAAUUGAUAUUCAGCAAGCUUCCCUUUUUUUCUAUUUCUUUCCAUGAAGGAUGGGUUUAGCAUUGGAAAUGAUGCAGUGUCUGCUUCUCUACCUCUUGAGGGUAGGGGCUAACAGGACUUCUCUAGCCUCUUGGGAUACUACUUCUACUUUUAAGGCUGGAAAUCUACUUAUUUCUGUCUACAAAUGCAAGACCAGAAAUGUUAUGCCAGUCCAAUAGAGCACAGAUACCCUUGACUAUUUAAGAUUUAUAGCCAUAUUAGAAAAUCUUAAUCAAUUUCUGAUCAGUGGGAGACAAAAACCAUACUUAAACUAUACCAAAGUAAAUGAAGUGCUAAAAGGUUAUACUAAAGAAAAGAAGAAAAAAAAAAAAGACAAUGGAAUAUAGUCACCUCCGUGUGCUUUUUUUAAUCUUUUCUAAAGUGACAGGCUCUUUUCAAUUCUAUGUUCAGCCUGUUAAUUUUAGUAAUAAAAAGGUGUGUGUGCAAUAAGUUUUCAGAGCUGUAAGUUCUGAAAGUAAAAGCGUAUUAAUCCUCCUGACAAGAGGAGAAGAGAGAGAUUGAAUGAACUCUGGCUAUAAUAUAUAAACAGAAAAUGGUUUUAAAUGGAUUCUUGAAGACUGUGAAGUGAGAUUAUUCUUGUAUUUGGGUAAAGCUAAAACAAGGGCUUGCCAUGUAGUUCAGCUUCCAGCAUCAGGCUGGGGCAUAGCUGAUCCUCAGCAAAGACUGAUACACCUUUGGUGCAUAGCGCUGAAACCUAAACUAGCUUGAGAGCUCAGCCCUUGCCCAAAGUCUUCCUGGAUGUUACGGAGGGCUGAAGAUCAAGCACUAAGUUUGCACAAAUAGUGAUAAAAAAAAAAUACAUAUUUUUUUUUUCACUCAUCGGGCUUUAUCUUGAUGACACUGUUCAAAGAAAUAUACUAGCAGAUAGUCUGCUAGAUCUGAAGUCUAUUUUUAUGUUGUGAAGUGAUUAACUAAAGAGAGGAAAGUUAGGACACUGCAAAUACGUAUUUUAAUUUUUCUCAAAUUUUCACUCAAGUUUAUCAUAUUCAGCUGGUAGCCCUCUAGUAUGGUGAAUCAGAUACUAUUUAAACAGUUUUUCUUUAAAUCUCAUACCGUGAUGUGGUUAAGAGUGUAAGUUACAAGUUCUUGCUAUUUGUGGCCAUGCCUUGGCUUGUACAAAAAAACCUUUAUAAUAAACUUUCUUUGCAUAUGUUCAA